GCGCGGAACCUGCGGAGUUGGUGGUGGAGGCGCGUGGCAGAGGUGUGUGAGAGUGGGAGCUGCAGGAUGGUGAAACAGAAGAGAAAAGGUCUCGAGCGGACAGCAAAGGAGAGUAAAAAGCAGAAGAUAACACCGGCAGAGGAGACGCCGAGGGUAUCUGAAGCUAGGCCAGGCAAGGAGGCGGCCAGCCCCGUGGUGCAGGAGGCCAGCCCUGAGUUGUCCCCAGAGGAGAGAAGAGUCUUGGAAAGGAAGCUGAAGAAGGAACGGAAGAAGGAAGAGAAGAAGCGGCUGCGGGAGGCAGGCAUUGCCGCAGCACAGACUGCCAAGGUUCAGACCCCGCCAGCCAAGCCCUCAGCUGCUGUCCUGGCCCUGGAGUACCUCCAAGGGUGGGCUCAGAAGCAGGAGAGCUGGAGAUUCCAGAAGACGAGGCAGACAUGGCUCUUGCUACACAUGUACGACGAGGACAAGGUUCCUGAAGAGCACUUUUCUACCCUGCUGGACUACCUCGAGGGGCUCAAGGGCAGCGCCCGAGAGCUGACGGUGCAGAAGGCCGAGACCCUGAUGCAGGAGCUGGAUGGGGCGGACCCCGAGGCCAGGUCUCCGGGAAAGGCUCAGCGCCUCCGGCAGGUGCUCCAGCUGCUCUCCUAGCGGAGGAGCCGCCUUGGCCCCGAGGACGCACUGCUACCUCUUCCCAGAGCUGUGGGAGCCAAUGGGUCACCAGCAGGUCAUCUGUCUCGAGGACUUCCUUCCAAAGCCCUGAGAAGAACCCUUCAUCCCCCUCCUAUGAGCUGUAACAGUUUCUGGUGCCUUGGGAGUUGAUCAUGGUCUCCCUGAAAUAGUUCUAAGGGGCCACUCCUGCAUGAGUGCCCUGAAGUGGCUGUGGACAGAGUCUUCUUUUUCUACCAAGGGUAUCUUAAAGGUUGGCCCAAGCCUGCAGCCUGGGUGCAGCUCACCUGUCUGCAGGGAGACCCUAUUGAGGGCUCGUAUUGAGGCCCCUGGGCCUGUGUGGCUGCCCCAUGAUCCCUACUCAGUUUAGCAGUCACAGCUGUCCCUAUGUCAGCACUGGGCCAGCUCCUUCUCAUUGAACCUCUUGGCCAGCGCGUUGGAAACAGAAGGACUAAGCAUCUGUAUCUGGGCCCAUGUCACCAUCAGAACACACGCUCCACUCCCACUGGGUGACUUUCCAGACCAUAAAGAAUCGCCCAUAGAUGCCACACAGGGAGGGCACUGACAGGCUAGAGAGGAUCUGGUGCGAGUCUGGCUCAGGGAGUAGUGAGUUCACUGGGGUCUGCAAAUGGGAACCACAGCCUGUGUCCGCCUUCGGCCUCUUCCGCUUCCAGCCACAGCUUCUUGACCUCAUCCACGGCCCCUUGCAUCAGUCACUUUUAUACCCCAGGUAUAGAGGUUUAUAAAAGAGAUUUACAGAAAAAUAUAUGCCAUAUCUCAAGAAAUUUAUUAAAACAAUUCUGAAUACAAAUAAUUUCCCAUUUAUUAAAGGAAAGUUUGCAUA